AUCAUGGCCUAUUGUGCAUGAUCCAAGAUGUUUGAACUCUGUAACCUGUCAUUGAGGCCCUCCCAACUGUACCAAUUAUUACCUCUCCAGCCGCUAUUCUCUUCUCCUUCUUGUUCUUCUUCUCAGUCUCCAGAGCUUUGCAUGUGCAGUGACAACAUUCACAUUUUCCUACCCUAACGAUUAACGCCACACUGACCACAGCUAAUCAGGAUUGACAAUUGUAUAAAUGAUGAAGUAAUAAAAGCUAUGCAGGGAGGAGAACUGAGAAGCUUCAUGAUACGGCUGUUAGCGAAGCUGAUCGGAGCGUGAUGCCUCCGCUUCUCCUCUUCUUCCUCUUUUGCUCUUAUGGCCUCGUCGCCGGCGAGAUGCCACCUGAGUCUCUCCACCUCGAGCUCAUCAGCCGCUUUCCGCAUCGAUAUCUCACUCGGCUUGGCCACCUCCGCGGGCUCGUCGACGGCGAUCGCUUCCGCCAGCGGAUGAUCUCCCAAAGGAUCGGGCACCAGCAGAACCAGCAGCACGGGCGGAGAGAACUCGCGGGCUCCAACGCCUCCUCUGCCCCGCCAGCGGCCGAGGAGUCCUUCGCCAUGCCACUCUCGUCGGGGGCCUACACCGGUACGGGGCAGUACUUCGUGCGGUUCCUGCUAGGCACUCCGGCGCAGAGGUUCGUGCUGGUGGUGGACACCGGCAGCGACCUCACCUGGGUUAAAUGCCGCCCUCGGAGUCACGGCGGCUCAGAUGCCGGCGCCGGCGAAAGCAGGGUCUUCCGGCCGGAGGGAUCGAGCUCCUACGCCCCCAUCCGCUGCUCGGCGCACAUGUGCAAGUCCUCUCUUCCCUUCGCGCUGAGGAGGUGUCCGACGCCGGAAACCCCUUGUGCUUACAACUACGGCUACUCUGACGGAUCGACGGCGAAGGGCGUGUUCGCGAAGGAAUUUGCGACGAUAACAUUGACAAAGGGCGAGCGCCGCAGGAAGCUGCGGGGGCUUGUGGUUGGGUGCACCACCUCCUUCGUCGGAUCCAGCUUUCGCGCCUCCGACGGCGUGCUCGGCCUCGGCUAUAGCCCUGUUUCCUUCGCCGCCCGGGCAGCUGCCCGCUUCGGUGGCCGGUUUUCCUAUUGCCUCGUCGACCACCUCAGUCCCAAAAACGCCACCAGCCGCCUCACCUUCGGUCUCACUCCCGCCCUCGCCGCUCCCCACCGCCGCGCGACCGAACUCCUCCUCGAUCCCCGCCUCCUGCCCUUCUACGGCGUCCGCGUCCAGGGCGUCUCGAUCAACGGCGAGAUGCUCCCCAUCCCCGCCGGCGUAUGGGACGUCGGUCGCGGCGGCGGAGCCAUCCUCGACUCCGGCACGAGCCUCACCGUACUGGCCGAGCCGGCGUACAGAUUGGUUUCGUCGGAGCUGAGCCGGAGCCUCAGUGGGGUCCCCAGGGUCAGCGUGGCCCCCUUCGAGCACUGCUACAACUGGACGGCAGCAGGACCCGCAGUCUCCGUGCCGAAGAUGGCGAUCCACAUGUCCGGCGACGUGCGGCUGGAACCACCGGCGAAGAGCUACGUCAUCGACGUAGCCGAGGGGGUGAAAUGCGUCGGGAUUACGGCCGCGCCGUGGCCGGGGGUGUCCACCAUCGGUAACAUCCUGCAGCAGGAGCACGUCUGGGAGUUCGAUCUCAAACAUCGACGCCUGAGAUUUCGUCGAUCCACCUGCCGUUGGUGAUACCAUGAAUUUGGACGUUUGUUUCUCUUGUUUUUCCCUAUCAUUCUCUCUCUCACUCACUUCUGGAUUCAAGUGAUAUUUGUUCGAUGAGCUGGUAAUUAAAUGAAUUAUUCGUUGGAUUUA